AGGGGAAAAAAGGCGGGUAGGGACUGGAGUUCUGAAAGGAUGUCUUGUAAUCACAUUAUCCAAACAAUGGAACAUAGUGCAUAGGUGGCAGCUCCUUAGUGGAGGAAACGGUUGAGUCCACCUUCUUAUGAUCAGAUAAUUCUCUGAGCCAAAAAAAAAAAAAAGAAAGAAAAAAACAGAAAAUUCAAUGCGUUCAAGGCCUCUCAAUCUUUCUUCUUUCUUUUCCUCGACAAAUCUGGCACAGUUCCACCUUUCCAUCUGUUUCAGAGACAAAAAGAUCAGAGAGUGAAGACAUGGCUAGCUGCAGCAUGGCAUCAGCAGCUUCAGGGUUCUUGCUGACACCCAAUGUCAUAGGGAACGCAAGUUCAGUUUCCAAGAGUAGCAUGGUGUUUUUCCCUUCAAACAACAACAACAACAGUUCAAGGCUUGUUGUGAGGGCAGCUGAGGAGGCUGCAGCACCAGCUCCAACUAUCACCACUGCACCACCAGAAGGAAGUGAAGCCCCUAAGCCUAAACCGGCACCAAUUGGACCAAAAAGAGGCACCAAGGUCAAGAUUCUUAGGAGGGAGUCCUACUGGUACAACAGCUAUGGAUCAGUUGUUGCAGUUGACCAGGAACCCAAGACCCGUUAUCCAGUUGUGGUUCGGUUCAACAAAGUUAAUUACGCCAAUGUAUCUACGAACAACUACGCAUUGGAUGAGAUUGAAGAAGUUAAAUGAGUCAUUGUAGCAUUUGUAAUUUUGGUUUUCUUCCCAUCUCUUGCUUAAGCUUGUUUGUGCCAAAAUCAACGUGAAUCCUAUAAUCUUCUCUCUGAUUUCUUGUCUUCUUUUCCUUACCUGUGUUUCAAUCAUCAGCGAUAAAAUGGUGAUCAUCUGGAAAACGUUGUUUAACUGUCACAUCCUUCGAGGGACUUCCAUGCCCUCUGAAAACUGACUGUCGUAUCUUCCAAAGUACCUUUGGUCCUCGAACAUAAUCACUGUUUCGGUUGCAAUUUGAAUUAUCUUGGUACAAAUGCAAGAAUAGAGCACCUGGCAGGUUCAUUUUUAGUGUAUGUAAACCUUUAAUGCGAAAGAAUGUUGCAAUAUUUCUGGUUCCGACCCAAAGUUCAUCCGGAGAUACGAUAAAUUAUGUGACUGGAAGCACCUGUCGGAAUCGGAAUCGUUUAGAAUCUGAAGAGCUGAGCCCCCUCCAAAUGACACAACUGUCUUUCAAGAAUGGCGGGAUUUGAGACAAAAACCUUCUGCUUUCAUGUAUGAAUGAAAUUAUCUUUGUGCACAUAGCAAAAGAUUCCUGGCAUAAAAUGAUGUUACUACAACGGCUCAAUAAGCUGCCCCCAUAUGCAGUAUAACUCUGUUCCUCUAGGUUUCUCAUUCUGAUUGCGUACAAAACCUGAAAAAUGUGAUUACUCAAUUGAGGUAUCAUAGAUAAAAGGAUUAAAAAAAACAGAAUUAUAGAUGCAUGAUAUUGCGUUGGCAUAGAAACCGAAUAAGUCUGUGUCUAACUAACAACUAUAAUAUAACAGGAGGGGCAGGACGCUGCAAGAUCUGCAGUAAAAGAACUAGAAAGAAGAAAAAGAAAUCUGCUAGCAGAAUAGAGGAGCCAAAAUUGUUAAACAAACUAAUGCUAGUUGACUGUUCACGUUUAGCUUAAAUUGCCAUCAUUCCUACAUUCCAAAGACUACAGUUACUACAUGAACAAGAACAUAUAAGAUAAAAGCAUAAGAACUCACAUUAAUAAGUUUUCUUGAUUCUCUUGCAAACACCAUGUUGUGGAAUUUGAUUUUCACCAUGACGCAAAAAUUUUUUAAUUUUUUUUUAUCAUUUCUGGUGACAUAAAAAGAGAUAUAAGAUUAGAAAGCUUCUCAUUGGCUUCAUACUGCAUUUUCAGAUAACCAUCA